AUGGAUCCAGCACAGACUGAGCAGCAACAAGCUGCCCAGCCAGCUCAGUUCCCUCCACAACAACCAAUGGACGGCAACGGCAUCAACCACCAACAGAGCAUGGCCAUGCCUGAGAUGGGCAACCAAUUCCUGAACCAAGUCCCCACGAAUGGUGGCAUGCCGAAUGGCCAACACUUUAUGCCUGAUCCUUCCGCGUCCGCUAUGCCUAUGCCCGGGGCCGAGCUCAUGAUGCCGCUCAUGCUCGCCAACGGACAAGCGCAGGUCCCACCGAGCAGCCUCAGCGCUGAUGAAGUCGCGCUCUACGAUCGCCAGAUCCGCCUCUGGGGUGUCGCUGCCCAGGCCAAGAUUCAGUCCGCCAACAUCCUCCUCAUCACCAUCAAAGCCCUGGCCACCGAAAUCGCCAAGAACCUCGUGCUCGCAGGCGUUGGCUCCCUCACCAUCCUCGACGACGCGCCCGUCUCGGAAUCCGAUCUUGGCGCGCAGUUCUUCCUCGCCGAAGCGGCGGGCGACGAUCCGUCCUCCAUCGUCGGCCAGAACCGCGCCCAGGUCGCCACGCCAGCCAUCCAGAAGCUGAACCCCAGGGUGCGCGUCCAGGCCGACCCGGCCGGCGUCAAGGUCAAGGGACCCAGCUACUUUGCCCAGUUUGACAUUGUCAUCGCCACUGACCUCGACCUGGACACGAUGAACCUCAUCAACACGGCGACCCGCCUGAACGGGCGCGCCUUCUACGCCGCCUCCACACAUGGCAUGUACGGCUUCAUUUUUAGCGACCUCAUCGAGCACCAGUUUGUCAUUGAGCGUGAUCUCGGCAACGUGCCCACCGAGUGCCCCAAGCAGGAAACCCGCACCCGCUCCGUCGUCGAUGUCAAGACCAAGAAAGAAGGCACCCGCACCAUCGAGUGCGUGACCAAGCGCGAGCUCUACUCGACGUGGUUCCUCGCCAGCGACCUCGCCACCCUGUCAGACGACUAUCUCAAGUCGAAACGUCGUCUGCGCGGCGUCUCGCCCACGCUGUCGUGCCUGCGGGCGCUGUGGGAGUUUAUGCAGAUCAACGGGGGUCGCAUACCAGGCAAUAGGGAUGACUUGAAGCUCUUCACCCAGAUCGCGACGCAGAAACACAAAGCUCUCUCCCUGCCCUCGGAGACCCUCACACCAGAGUUCCUGCGCAGCUUCCUGCAGAACCUGGGCAGCGAGAUCGCCCCCGUGACGGCCAUCCUCGGCGGACAGCUCGCCCAGGAUGUCAUCAACGUCCUGGGGCAAAAGGAGCAGCCCAUCCAGAACAUGGUCAUCUUUGACGGCACGACCAUGGAGGCCCUCAUGUACCCACUGCACCCCGAGGGCGUUAUCGGCGCCGCUUUGCUGAGCCUGGGGGGCGGCGACAACGCGAUGGCGCCCAACGGCGCGGGUAUGAUGAUGCCCCCGGGCGGGGACAUGUCGGCCAUGGGCAUGGGAUAUGAUCCGUCCAUGGGCGGUAUGGGCAUGAUGAACAACGGGAUGGGUGGCAUGGCACCGCCGCCACCCCAGCAGCAGAUGAAUGAACUCCAGCUUCAGCAGCAGCAACAGCAGCAGCCGCCGCCACAGCAACAACAGCAGGAGGCAAACGCGCGACCGCAAACGCAGAUGGAGAGCAAGCCAGGCGAGUCCAAUGUCGCUGCGUCGGGCUCAGGGGCUCCAGCAACCACCGGGACGGCUAGUGCUGCUGACAAGGCAGCCGGGGACGUAGCGCCGCAAGGCAGCUAGGCACGGUGAAAAUAGGGGAUUAGCAACGAUACCAAGAAGACAUUGUACAGUAACUAGGUAGGUAGCGCAGUAGGAAAAGGCGUUCAGAGUCAAUCUGUGCCACAUGCACACACACAUCAUACAGCCCUCGUUGUUCCCCGUCAGAAUGUGCAAGUACGGUGAGUCAAUUAUUGCAUUCAUUAUAUUUUAGCGUCCUCCAUAUCGUGACUGACCCGUCGCUCACUAGCAUGGUAUAAUACUGAAGCACUUGCAGUCAUGCAAGAGGGGGAUAGACAUACAUCAUCAAAAAGACGCAAGCAAAGUAAAGUAAGAAAAAAACAACCGUAUGCGACCCAGUGCUCCCAUGCGAACCACGUGUUCUUCAUGUAAUGUCGAAAUAAAUCAGGAAACCUUGAAUGCCUGGGGAAUGAAUGCUCCAUGGUGAUGAAACAAGAAGGUGGAUGCUCGUAGUCCACUCACUGCAUAUCUGCAGUAACUAAAGGU